UUCAUUUGUACAACUCUUUCUUCUUCUUCUAUAAGCUUUUCUGUUUAGCACUCUCACCAUAGAGAAAGAUCAAAUCAAGAGAGAGUGAGAAACAGAAAAUUUUCAGAGAGAGAAUGGGUUUUUCUAGCUUUGUUCCAUGCAUAUUAAUGCUUGUUAUUCAAUUAGCUUAUGCUGUGAUGAAUGUUACUUCAAAGCUUGCCAUUGCUGGUGGCAUGAAUCCUCUCAUCCUUGUUGCUUAUCGUCAAAUCUUUGGAACUGUUUCCAUUGCUCCCUUUGCUUAUUGGCUUGAACGGGAUAUGAUUCCAAAGAUGACAAAGCGUAUUAUGAUUCAAAUAUUUUUAUCUUCAAUAACAGGAGUAACAGGAAAUCAAGUUCUGUAUUUUGUGGGGCUAAAAUUUUCAACAGCAACAAUUGCAUGUGCACUCACAAAUUUGCUUCCGGCUUUUACAUUUAUACUUGCAAUCCUCUUCAGACAGGAGAAUUUGAGGAUAAAGAAGAAAAGUGGUAUAGCAAAGGUGGUAGGAACAGUUUUGUGUGUGGGAGGAGCAAUACUUUUAUCAUUCUACCAUGGACAAGUAAUUGGUAUUGGUAAAUCAAGUAUUCAUUGGGGUUAUGCUGAGAAAGUUCAAAGUGGUGGUGAUAACUCCAAUGCUUCUACCUCUGGCUCAUUUUUAGGCCCUGUUCUCUUAAUUCUCAGUGCUCUUAUUUGGUCCGCAUGGUUUAUCAUUCAAGCGGAUAUGAGCAAGAACUUUCCCGUACCUUAUACAAGCACAACAUACAUGUGUUUUUUGGCGAGUUUUCAGUGUAUGUUCAUUGCUUUGUGUUUCGAUCACAAAGCUUCAUCUUGGUCACUCCAUGAUGCUAUGAGAGUUACCUCUUCUGUUUACUCGGGAGUAAUUUGCACUGGGCUUACAUAUUGUAUAAUAUCAUGGACAAUUGAGAGAAAAGGGCCACUUUAUGUGUCUGUAUAUACUCCAUUGCAGCUUAUUCUCACAGCUAUUAUUAGUUGGGCUUUUAUGAGUGAGAAAUUAUACGUUGGAACUGCUAUUGGGUCAUUGUUGAUAAUUUUUGGACUUUAUGGUGUUCUAUGGGGAAAGAGCCAAGAAGUUGAUAACAUGAAAUUGGAAGAUGCUACUGAUCAAGAUGAAGGUAUUAAGAAUGAUGACAUGGAAAUGCAAUCUUAUGUAAUGCCAUCAUCCAAUGGUAAUGGCAAUGGUAAUGGUCGCAUGUGAUAUGAUGAUACUAGUAUGUAUCAUGCAUGUUGUUAUUAGUUAAUUAAAUAAAAUAUUUAAGUUAUGAGGAUGGGUCAUGUGAUAUCAUAUGUAUGAUGAGGAUGAAAUUCAAGAUUCAGUUACUAUUAAUUCUUGUUUGUUUUUUUCUGUGCGGAAAAUUAAAAUUAAUGUAAUAUAAUAUGCAUGAUGGUCACAUUUGAAAUCCUAUGUUAUUGAUGUCUACUGUCUGUCACAUUUGAAAGUGAUUCAUAACUGUUUAUGUAUCAAACUAUCAACUUUGAAGUUA